AUGUCGGCUGAAGACGGCGAAUUCAAGCCUGUCCCGGAUCGACAGGCCCAAAACCUGCCUGGUCUCGAAAAGGACUUGCACCCGUCAAGCGAGACCACCAAGCUCCAAGGCAAACAUGACUUCCAAGAGUAUCGGGCUGCCGGCAAGCUGAGUGACAGCAAGGCCCUCAUCACCGGCGGAGAUUCGGGCAUUGGCCGGGCCGUGGCCGUGCUCUUUGCUCGCGAAGGGGCUGAUCUCAGCAUCGUUUACCUACCCGAGGAGCAGCAAGACGCCGAAGAGACGAGGGACCUGGUUCGAAAGGAAGGUCGCGAGUGCUUGCUCAUUGCCGGCGAUUUGAUGGACAACGAAACAUGCCGCAAGGCCGUCCAACAGCACGUCGACAAGUAUGGCAAAAUCGACGUGCUGGUCAACAAUGCGUCUAAGCAAAUCAUGGUCGACGAUUUUAAAGACAUUGACUUGGACAAUGUCGAGAGCACCUUCCGCAGCAACAUACUCCAGAUGUUUGCCAUGACUAAAUACGCCCUUCAGCACAUGGGCAGAGGCGGCUCCAUCAUCAAUUCCACCUCGGUCGUCGCCUACAGGGGCACCCCUAGCAUGGUCGACUACGCCGCAACCAAGGGUGCCAUCAACUCCUUCACCAUGUCCCUGGCUAAACAGCUCGUGCCCAAGGGCAUCAGGGUCAACGCAGUCGCCCCCGGUCCCGUCCAUACUCCCCUUCAGGCAGCGUCCAGGCCGCCAGAGCAGAUGGAGGGCUUUGGGAAGAAGUCCCAGCUCGGCCGCCCUGGCCAGCCGAGCGAGAUUGCUCCCAGUUUCGUCUUUUUGGCAUCCAAAGACUCUGAGCUAUACCAUGGUCAGGUGUUGCAUCCUUAUCCCCAGGGGGAUUGA